GGAGCAGCAGCCAAUAGGGGAGCGGGGGCUGUGGGGGGGGGCGGUAUAGCGGCGGCCAUGGCGAGCGCGGCGGAGCGGGCGGUGCUGGAAGAAGAAUUUAAAUGGCUUUUACAGGAAAAGGUCCAUGCUGUUUUGAAACAGCUGCAGGAUAUUUUAAAGGAGGCCUCGAACCGGUUCACUCUGCCCACCACUGGCUUGGGAGGAGCCAUCAGGCAGGAGAACUUUAUGCUGAGCACCUCGGGCACAGAUCAGCUGAAAGGUGUGCUGACACUGCAGGGAGAUACCUUAUGUCAAGCUGAUGUUAAUCUGAAAAUGUUCAGAAAUAAUCAGCUCCUGCACUUUGAAUUUCGGGAAGACAAGCAGUGGAAAUUGCAGCAGAUCCAGGAUGCUAGAAACCAUGUCAACCAAGCCAUUUACCUGCUUAUGAACAGAGAGGCAAACUACCAGUUCAAAACAGGCUCAGAGGUUCUCAAGCUUAUGGAUGCUGUGAUGUUACAGCUCUCGAGAGCCCGAAAUCGCCUCACCACUCCAGCCACUCUGACUCUACCUGAGAUUGCUUCCAGUGGUCUCACAAAAAUGUUCACACCUGCUCUGCCUCCAGAUGUCCUUGUGAAUUUCUAUAUUAACCUGAAUAAGCUGUGCCUGACUGUCUACCAGCUCCAUGUGCUGCAGCCCAGCACAACCAAGAAUUUCAAGGCUGCUGGAGGGUCCAUUUUACACAACCCUGGAGCCAUGUUUGAGUUUGGCAACCAGCGGUUUGAAGUCAGCCAUGUCCAUAGAGUGGAAUGUGUUGUCCCAUGGUUAAAUGAUGCCCUUGUGUUCUUCACAGUUUCACUGCAGCUUUGCCAGCAACUGAAGGACAAGAUCUCUGUUUUCUCUAGUUACUGGAACAACAGGCCAUAUUAAUUCUUCCAGCAUCUCCCUGUUUGUUUUCAACAUCCCAGUUGUGUGCGGGUCAGCCUGAGGAAUGCUGUGGCUCACUACCCCCUCCACAGGGCAGGGUCACUGUAUCCCAAGACACAACUUUAGUAGACUUGUCUGGGACUGCUGCACAAGCAGGGCACCAAGCAAUGCUGUGUGCUUGGUGGAAGGUUCCAUCUGUCUUUGUUCUUGUGUGCAUGGUGUGGUUUACACUUGCCAAACCUCUGAUGAAUUAAUCAAGUUGAUUACCAGGGGAUGGGGGGCUGUGGACCAUCUCACUAACUGGAUUUGCACACAGUGCUCUGAUUUAACUGUUGGACUGUGAGCUGACUAGGAAGGGAUGAAGACAGAGUUAAUUUAACACACUACAGAAAGUGUAGGGCAUGUCACUCCAUGUAGUGGAAUAUGUUGUGAUCUGGUCUGGCUGUGGCUGUGACCAGCCCUGAGCUUCUCCCUCCCUUCUCUGUUCUGUCAUGUCUAUGUUAUUGACUCCCCUUUGGGGGAAUAUUCUUACUUGCUGCUGUUUGAAGUAUUUUUUUCCCCUGGCAUCAAUGUGAUGAAUUUGUUUCUCCUAAGCCCUAGCUGGACCAAUUGAUUUUUUUUCCAGGUUUAGUGUCUUGUUUUCCUUGCUAACUUGCAGAGCUGCCUUGGUACCUUUGAGCACAGCUGUGCGGUCUCACCUCUUGUCAUUAAACCUGGAGUACCACGUUGUUACUAUGUUUGCUGCCUACCUAUGGGUACUACAGUAUGUAACUCAUCCCUCCAGUGUUGAUAACUAUGAAAUAAAGAUCGUUGACCUGCCA